AUGGCCUCGGUCGAUAACCUCGCCGCCCUUGACCACUUCAAUGAAAACGGGGACCUCAUCGACGACAAGAAUUCUACGAUCACGAUGAAGACGACUCCGCCUCCUCCGCUGUCCUCGCCGCCGAUCGCCCUCCCCCACCCACCUCCGAUGCCCAGAUGGCUUGCUCGGAUCUCCACCUCAAAUCCGGCCCACAUCUCUCAACGACCGAACUCGGUCACAACCCCUCAGCCAGGCCGAACCACCAUUGCCGAAACUGAACAACAGACGGCAUCUGGGCCGAAUCGUCAACCAUCCGCGCACCGAACCUGCAACCGUCCGCGGGUCGAACCUACCACCGUUCGCGGCCCGAACCUAGAACCAUCUGCUGUCGGGACCGAAUGGAACCACACGCGGGCCGAACAUGGAUCUUACAUCACAGACGGCCCACUUGGAUCUCCCUACCAUAGCCGGGCUGAACAGCCGAGUCCACGACCACGAACCGAAUUCGUGACGACCACCAAAAAAUGGACCGAACACCUUUACUCGUUCUUCGAAACCGAGUAG